AGUCUACAUAACACCAGGCUUCCAGAUACUCCGUACUCUCCUUUGUCACCACGCGUCGCUGUCGCGUACUUCCUCCACACCAUCUCUCCUGGUCAUGUACAUCAUUUUUGAGAGUUAUCUCUUUUGCUGGUGACACUACACUGCUUGAAACCCGCCACCAUGCUGGCUUCUUUGUUGCGUCCAAAGAAACGCCCUUCCCCAGAACGCUCUCCGUUCUCCCCGUACGCCCCCAGAGAGACCACUCCGCUCAACCAAGAUUAUCCUCAACAAUCGAGAUAUGGUGGAUUCCACAGCCGUGAUAAUGGUUUUGGGGACGAUGAUAUCAUCGAGGAAGAGGAAUACGAAGAUGGCGACGAUGACCAGGAGGGCGAGGUUGACGAAGACGAAGCCCACGAGUCUAGUCCGCUACUUCCAAUCUUCUCUGCAUCCCAUUUAGAUGCCCUUCCCGUGUACGACAUCACUCAUGCCAUCCGUUCGCUCAUUGCCUCCCGUUGCGAGACCACCCUAUCAUGGGACCAAUUGCGCUCGCCUCAGAUAUCCCAGUUCUUGGUGAAACCAAUCCAGCAGAGAAUCAUGGCGUCGCAUUUCUCCCGAGCGACUCUAUACGCGUUGAUGACCAACUGUCUGCAGUUCAACAAGGAAGUUCAGCUAUAUCCAGCCAAUAGCGGAACGAGUCAAACCCGGGCCAUGGUGAGCGAGCUUCUAGCCAUCAAGUUGCUGAGGGAUUACACAACCAGGGAGUUGAUUGAUGCGCUCUCCUAUGAAUUCUAUCCGCUUCAGGCUCAGGUCUCAGGAGCCAACGGUAACCUGCAUAUGGCCCGGGGUUGGAGCGUGCCUAGACAUUUGGCUGGGCCGGCCCGAAUCUCGUGUCUAGAGAUCGCGAUCCGCGCCCAGGCAAAACGGUUCUUAGCGCACCCAGUGGUUGUGCAACAAUUGGAAGCUAUUUGGGCGGGUACCAUUGUUUUCUAUUCCGCCGCAGAUAGUCUUCACCGUGCUCCAAAAGGUCGUCUCGAUAGAGGGCCGACUCCCGGCAUUGGCGGCGAUAUUUCGGAGAACAGGAUGAUCCCGGUUCGACGUGCUGUCACCCUAUACGACCCCAGGGAUGCGUCUCUUUUCAAACUCUCCCGGUUGAGGGUUCCCCGAUACAGACAAUUCCUAUCAACCGUCUCAUUUGCCGUGCUCUUGGGGCUCUUUGUGGCGGUCUUGCAGCAGAGGAAUUUAGAGAUUUCGACCUUGGAAAUUUUUUUCUGGCUUUGGAGCGCGGGUUACAUGUUGGACGAGAUCGUUGGUUUCAACGAGCAAGGAUUCAGUUUGUACCUGAUGAGUUUCUGGAAUGUGUUUGAUCUGGGAAUCCUGCUCUUUCUCUUUUGCUACUAUUGCAUGCGGCUCUUUGGCGCUGUGAUACCAUUCACCCGCCACGAGAUGGUUGCCGACGAAGCAUACGAUAUCCUGGCUGCCAGUGCAGUCCUGGUUUUUCCGCGUCUUUUUUCAGUCCUGGACCAUUAUCGCUACUUCUCUCAGCUGCUAAUCGCAUUCCGGAUUAUGGCCGCUGAUCUUAUCGCCGUAUUUGUUUUGAUUGUCAUUGCCUGCAGCGGCUUUUUGGUUGCCUUUACUUUGUCGUUUGGUAACAGGGACGAACAGUCAGCUGGGUCCGUGGCCUACGCCCUCUUUCAGAUGUUGAUGGGCUUUAGUCCGGCGGCAUGGACUCUUUGGGAUGAAUACAAUUUCUUGGGGAAAACCAUCCUGACGUUGUUUCUCUUCAUCUGCCAUUUUGUCAUCAUCACCAUCUUAAUCACCGUCCUCACAAACUCGUUUAUGCGCAUUGUGCAGAAUGCAUAUCAGGAACACCAGUUCUUGUUUGCCGUCAACGCGAUCUCGAUGGUCAAAUCUGAUGCCCUUUUCUCCUAUGUCGCGCCGACGAACCUGCUCGCUUGGGUAAUAACGCCUUUCCGAUUCAUAAUGCCUUUCCGGCAAUUCGUGAGACUGAACCGCACGAUCAUCAAAGUUACGCAUCUGCCAAUCCUGUUUACGAUUUGUUUUUAUGAGAAGACCAUCCUCGCCUCCAAGGUCAUUGAACCAACUGACCUGGUCGAUCUCCCUGAACCGACAGCGACGCGUAUGCGGCGGCCCGGCAAUAAUCGUUUUAAGACUUUCAGUGCCAAAGCUCCUCGACUCGUUCGUGAGCCGUCAGUGGCUACCUACCAGAAGGAUCGUGCUCUGGAUGAGGUGUUCCAUCGGUUAUUCAAAGACGAGUCCACCAGGCGUGCCAGCUCAGCCCAAGAUCAGGACAGCAGUAAUAUUGUAAAAACCUGGAUGCAGAGGAUGGGACCCGGUCCGAUUCGUCCACCGGCUGAGCAGGACCCGAACGAGGUAACCCGCCUGGAAAGAUUACCAAAACGACUGCGCUUCCCUUUCCAAAGAAGACUCCAGGAGAGUAUACGUGACUUUACCGAAACCACACGAUCGGUAGCUUCUAAUCCGGAAGAGAGGGUAACACCGGUAGCCGUACACCGAGGAAGAAAUCCCCUUUUUCCUCCUGAGCGGGCAAGACAGCUCUCACGACAUACCGAUAUUGAGGGAGACGAUGAACGGACCGACAACGAAGACAAGCAAUCUAUUGCUAGGAAUUCCAAUAGCAGCGGGUCUUCAGGGCAACGAACAGCUAAAGAGACUUCGGGCCCACCACCGAAAUUCUACAGUUCUCGUCCAUCAACGGCGAAACAUCUCUCGCGAAGAAACAGUCCCAUUCGACGGCCCAAGAUUCAUUCACGGACCGUUUCCACCGCUACGAUGCGGUAUGCUCCACACCGGGGCGAAGACGGCGCAACUCCUAGCUUGCCUGUCAGGUCCAGAGCGGAGACCCCUGAGCUGGCCGUUUCGACCUCUGUGGACCAGUUGACCGCUAGAAGAGGCGACCUCAACACUAGCCGUACUUACAACACUGACACCUUGUCUCGUUCCCACCCUAUCCCUGUUCCCGAUUUUGGUGGCACCUCAGCUCCCGACUCUCACCCGAGAGGAGGCCGCGGCCAGAACCCCUUUUUAUACGGUCUGGGCUCUGAUAUAGGAGACAACCGCGCAAUAGCCAACGAAUUCAUGGGCGGAUUAUCCGGAAGCCUGACGACGGAGAUGGCCUACGCAGCCGGUCUCCAUCGACCAAUUAGCCCCGAAAACCAGAAUCGAUUGAGCAAGCUCGUGUUAGCGCGCAUGAACAAUAUCGAGGAAGGCUUCCGCGAAGUCAUCAAGGAGGUCAAGGAUCUCCGUCGGGGGGAGUCCAGCCGGAGUCAAAGCCAACCUGAUGACUUCCACGACGCGCAGCGAGACCGAGAGCGCAAGAAACGAACUGAAAAGAAGGUGGGAAAGAAAAGGAGCCAGGGGUCGCGGGUGACGAAGACUAGCACUAGCAGUGAUAGUCCGUUGUCAGAUGUGUCCUCUGAAUAGGGCAUGCAUGACAUUGCUACGAUGCAAUGACCGCUAUGAGAUUUAUCUCUUUAUGUUCUAGGAAAAUGGGCGAUAAUGUUUUGCGGUUUGUGUAUCGAUACUUGGGUGGCUGUCUAUCCUUGUAUAUAUGUUAUUUUCUUUCUUUUUAUAAACGUGUUCAUUGUUCUAAUCUGAUAAUGUACAUGCAGGGUUGCCAUCAUCGAGCAACAAGCUUGAUGUUGGAUUAAGUGACUACCGUAUCGUCGGCCGUUUCACUUCCUAAGCGACCAAAACCCAAGCGACCAAUCACUCAA